UGUACAAUGAAAGUCCAGACUCUGCGUGUGUUUUCAGAGACAACACUCCCAGGCCAGGAACAAUGCUUUCUUUGGUACGAUUUAAUUUCUGGCGUGAGUGUUUUUAAAAGAAAAGGAUCUGGACGCUUGGUCUCCGCGCCAGUUUUCCCAGAGUUCCUGAGAGUUCAACAAAAACGCUGGAAGAUGGAGAAAAUGUACACGUCUGUGAGUCGCAGCGACGAUGCCAGUGCAAAGACAGGACACGGACCUCAGGGUAAGAAGUAUCGCUACAUCCGUAAAGAAGGAAACUGUAACGUCGUGUUCCGCCAUGUUCCUGAGGAAUGGCUGCUUUUCGUGACCGACAUCUUCACCACCUUGGUGGAGAUCCGGUGGAGGGUGAUGUUCCUCAUCUUCGCGCUCUCCUACAUCCUCUCCUGGCUCUUCUUCGGCAUCCUCUAUUGGGUCAUUGCGCUCGCCAACGGCGACAUCAGGGACGAGACAGUCAUGCCCUGCAUGUACGAAGUGCGCAGCUUCACGGCGGCGUUCCUCUUCUCGCUGGAGACCCAGACCACCAUCGGCUACGGCUUCAGGGGAAUGUCGGAGAACUGCCUGAUUGCCAUCAUCGUGGUCACCAUACAGGACGUCAUCAGCUGCUUCAUCGACACCUUCGUCAUCGGCAUUGCCGUCGCCAAAAUGGCCUCGGCCCGGAAGAGAGCGCAGACAAUUGGAUUUAGCAACUGCGCCGUUAUCAACCUCCAUGACGAUUUCCUGUGUCUGUCCUGGAGAGUUGGUGACUUCCGGAGGAACCACCUGGUGGAGGGGACGGCCUUCGCUCAGAUAGUCCGCUCCACGGUCCACGCCACGGGGAGAGUGGACGUGACCUAUGAAGACCUGGUCAUCCAGCAGAAGGACAUUACCUUGGUGAUGCCGACCACCAUCUUCCACAGGAUGGAACCCGGCAGCCCGCUGUACCAGAUGAGUCGUGUAGACCUGGAAAAAGCCGACUUCGAACUGGUAGUGUCAUUCACCUACACGGACGAUUCCACGGGUAUGCUGCACCAGACCCGCACCUCGUACACCCCCGCAGAAAUUCUCUGGGGUCAGGUCUUCCAAGAGAUGAUCCGCGUCAGCAGGAGGAGCUACCGAGUCGAUUACAACCUGUUCAAUCACACCGCCAAGGUGCUGGUGCCCCAGGUCAGCCCCGAGGAUUACGAAGUCAAGAAGCAGCUGCGACCGUCUCCUCGGUACUCCCCUCGCCAUUCCCCACGACAUUCGCCACGACACUCGCCCAGAUCCUCCCCGAGGCUGUCACCAAGGAUCCGACCACAAAACCAUCAAGACCCUCAUCUGAAACCUCCAAUGGUAACGGUGGAGCUUGUGACCGACAGUGGCCCGCAACCAAGUGUUCCGACGUCUGAAGAAGAGGCGAGACAUCGGGACACUCUGGCGUUACCAAACGACCUCACGACCAUGGACGUAUGAAAGCAGCCAGGAUAUUUAAGAUGACGAUUAGAACCAUUCUACAAAAUAAGCAUUAUUAUAUUAUUAUUAUUAUUAUUAGAUAGAAAAUAUAAGUAUUGAAGUGAUCGUAAAGGUUUUUUUGAAGUGUGGUUGCAUGAAGUAUAAAAAUAUGGAUGCUCGCUCUGACUGAAAACCUACAUCAGUUUAAGUCUACGAUAUCUUUAAGAACACGUUCACGUCUUCUUAAAGAUAAUUGUGCAAUUAUUUUCUCUAUGAGGUUUGGUGUGGGAGAGUGAGUGGUUUACAAACUUCAGUUUCCUGUUGGAAAAGUCACAGAGAGAUAAAGACGUGAACACAUUUGUAAGAUAUCGUAGACUUGAACUGACUUCUAAAAUUGAUAGAGAUAGAGAAUAUCUGCAAUUUUAACAUCUUGACAACCACACCUCAAGAAACCCUUAACUAUCCCUUUUAAAACACUGCAGACAUGAUUUAACGUAAAUAUUUUUCACAUCAUAUUAUUAUUCAUUACAUCAGAGACACUGUAGUUGUCAGUAAUAUUUUUUUACAGUAAAAAUGCUCAGAAAAACGGAACUUUCAACAUUUCCGUUUCUACGACAGCUGAAGACAAUCACGUGAUCUGACGAAAAAGCUCCAGAACAACCACUUUGUGUUGAGGUUUGAUUUUAAAAUUAAUUUCAGUUUGUUCAAUUAAAACAAAACUGAAAAUUGUUUUCCGAGAUGGUGUUGGAAAGCGUUUUUUAUAAAGAUCAAAGUGUGGAGAAGGUAAAUGUUACGUAUAUGUUAAUGAGCCGUGUUUUUAUUCUACUUUAUGACUCAGACUAAGUGACGUGAUACAGACUAAAGAGAGUUAGUAUGAAAAUGUUUUGGUGGUGGAUUUACAUUUAU